CCUUAAAUGGCGUACUGGAAAACUUUUACUUUGCUGAUUGUUGUCAAAAUAUAUUUUAUCUUCAAUGUAAACAAAAGUCAAUGACUGAUGGGCAAAUUACUUUUUGUGUGUUUAUUUUUUUUUGUUUUAAAUGGAUUCAAAGGUGAACAAUUAUCGUUCUUUACCUCCUUUUGUCGAGGGUAAAAUACAUGGAUACUUAAAUCUUGUUAUUGACGAAGUCAUUUGGACCAAUAUAAACCCUGGGGAUGUGAUUGUAUUCGUUUCCUGGUGGGGUGAAGAAAAUGAAAUACAGUUCAGGCCAUUAGAUGUUACGAAAAUUUCACAAAAAUUUGAGGAUACAGAAAAAACGUAUACGAUAAAAACGAAUUUUUAUCUCUUUGAAGAUUAUAUUAAAAAUUGUGAAUCUUUAGAACUUAUAAUCAAAUCGGAGAAAACAAAGAAAGUUUUAGGGACAGCUCAUGUAGUCGAUCUGUUAGAUAUUUUUAAAACAAAGCCUUUUACUCGCUAUUUUCCAAUAGUAAAUAAAACUCAAAGUAGAAUAGGCAAUGUACAUGUUUCAAUAAAGUUAACAAAUACCGAAAAUAUGCCGUCAAAAGUGGAAAAUAAUCAAAAUAAUAAUGAGAUCAGUAAGUCAGUAAAUUUUGAUAUGAGAAGUUUAAAUAAACAAGCUGAUGGUAUUUUUAGUCAUAAAAUUGACUAUUUGUCCUCAUUGAAAAAUGCAAAACAGGAGGAAACAAUUUAUAGAUCUAUUUUAAAAGAUAAGAGAAUAGAAUUCAUAGAGCCUAUUAAUAAAAGAUUUAACUUUGAAGUUCCUGAAAAGCUUGUCGAUAAACCAAAUGCAAAGUCAGCAAAAUUGAAAAGUGCUUUAUUAAAAGAAGCUUUAAUGGAUGAUUCAUAUGUAUACGAUGCUGACAAAUUUUUGUAUGAUAACUAUCAUCCCGACGUUUGUCCUGAGAGAGAAGCAGAUUUAUAUCAAUAUUUUCUUGGAAGUGAUAUGAAUUAUUUCGAUGAACAUGCAGCACUAGAAACUUUAAGAUCAACUUCUCCAACGCCAAGUUUAAUAGAAUUUGCAACACAAUCAAUUCAUUGCUGUCAGCGUAAUAAGUUUCCCGCUUCUGAGACAAGUAAAAAUACUUUUAUGAAGCAUAACUUGGAAAAUAAUAUCAAAGACGAUAUUCAAGAAGUUAAAGUUAUCAAGGAAAAUGUUCCUUCUGAAAUUAAGUCAAAAGAAAUCGUACCGCUUGACUAUGUGGAUUGUCUACAAAUAAUUGUGAGAUCAUUCACUUUGUCUCCGGCUGGUUACAGAAGAGUGAAAUCGUCUUGUCUUUCUCGUGAGAAAGCUGAUAGCGGUGUUCCAGCUUCUGCUACAUUUUUUGUUCAUUACGAUGAUAUUAUUUCGAGUGCAAAUCAAUUGAAGAAGAAAUCAAUGAAUGAAAGGAAACCUGUGAAAAUGACUUCUCGAAAGCAAGUUGAUCAAGAAAUUCUAUUUUAUCACCAAGGUGUGUACAAUAUAUCAAAAAACUUCGCCUAUACUAAUAGUCCACUAAAAUUCAAAGUCUUUCAUAGACACUUGAAUCAAAGAUCUCCAACUUUAUUGGGAAUUGGUACAAUGCAUGUGAAUGAUGUGUUUGCGACAAAAAAUUUAAGCAUGACACAACGAGUUGCUAUUAUUAAUAAAGGAAUUAAAGUUGGCGAAUUAGAAGUUGCUGUUGCAUUAGGCUGUGAUGGCAUUCAUUUUGGCAAAGAAUUUAUCGAUGCCGUGACAUCUGGAAAAGAGAAUAUUCCUGUGAGGGAAUCCUUCUCUCCCCUUUCGACAAAGAACCCGAAUUUCAAGACUGUGACUGGAACUCAUUCAAAUUCAAACAGUGGAGUUUCUUCUGCAUCAUCCAGAAGAAUUGAUACCAUCAGCAAUGGAAGUAAUUCACUAACGAAUAAUGAAAGAAGUUUAUCUGGAGAAAGGCAGAAAAAUGGAGAAGACAGAAACAUGGAAAUCUUGAUUCCGAAUAGUAAAUAUGAUGAAAAGGUUCUUUUACAUGGCUUAAUAUACAUAUCGGAGGGUAGAGGUUUAUCUGAAUUAAACUCAUAUAUUAUUUGUCGAGCUUUUUGGAAAGAAGACAGAGCCAUGAGUCGCAUUUGCACAAAUACGAAAAAUCCUCUAUAUAAUUUUCAUCAACUGGUACCUCUUAUUCACGGUUCGGAUUUACUUGAAAGGACGAAAGAUAAUUUCAUUGUCACGGAGGUGUACAGCAAAACUUCUACGGGGGAGGAUAAUCUGAUAGGAAUUGCCAAAUUUCCUAUACAUCAAUUAUACGUUGCUUAUCGAGACUCUCACGUUUUGCCGUAUUUACUAUUAUCAAAGUAUCCAGUGAUCAGUGUGGAUGGUUGGAUUUUGAUUAAAGAUCCCGUGACCGGUCAAAAUAAGGGUCAGCUACUAGGCCUUGUGGCCCUUGGCACAGCCGAUCAAAUUGCCCUCUUAGAAAUGACAAGAGGUAUUCGCGAUUCCAUCAGUAAUCCAUCACGAAACGAAGAAACUAUUCCUAGACCUCUUGAAAAUUCUCCAGUAAUUCGAGAGAGCUCCGAAGUUGAAGUGCAAGUAACACCCUGCAUUUCCUCUCGAAAUGAAGAAUGCCAAACGGAAUUUUCAACUCGUGAACACGUAAUAAAUGUCGAAUCUUCCAACGAUUCGUUAAAAAAUCAAAGCAAAGUUUUACAUUCAAUUGUCGAUUGUCUCGCACAAGCCCUCCAUGUUUCAAGAACAAAUACAAAUCAAGCUUCGCAAACGGAGAAAUUCAGCGGCCCUAGUCAAGAAGAAGAACAAAGAAUUGAAGUUGAACCCACAACUUUAGAUCCGAUAUCAAUUAUUUUAUCCGAUGACAGCAGUAAUCGAAGUUCGAAGACAAAUUUCAAUAUUUCAACCGAUAUGUACAGAAGCGUUGGAGUUGGGGCUGAAUUCGAUGAUUAUUCCACUCAAGGUUUAAGUAAUAAUUUCAGUGAAACAACAACUGAAAUUUCGGGAAUUUUGAAUCCUUCGAGCAACGAACAAAUGGAAUCUGACGAGGAAUUAUCUUUCCGAGCUGUGGUGGAGAUUGAAUGUGCUUUGCAUUUGCCAAAGGUAGAGAAGGCCAAUGCAACCGUGGAGCCAAGUACUUACGUUACUUUCCAAGGAGUUUCGAGUCCAAACGAAAGACAAUACAAUUCUUAUACGAAAACAAAUGUUUCUCCCCGGACCUGCAAUCCUAGAUGGGAGUGGAGAUGUGAUACGAAAUUAGCAGUUGAUCUUUUGACUAACGAUGAGAAGAAGUUGAUAUUUAAAGUUUGGCGACUGUUAGAACCAGAUACUUGCAGCGCUAUUGAUUUAGACAGAGAUGUAGUUAUCGGUUUUGCUGCGAUUGAUCUUUCUGUUUUGCUUGCUGGAUUUCCUCUUGUAACUGGAUGGUUUCAUAUUAUAGAUUUUACGGGAAAAUGCAAUGGGCAAAUAAAGGUGAGCAUAACUCCUUUGGAAAGUAUAUCUUCUUUUGGAAAAUCUACUUCGUCGUCAAGUCAAAUAAAGUUGCCGUCCGAACCUUGCCAAUCAAACAAUUCAAAUGAAUCUUCGCCUCGUCCAAAAACAAUGCGUUUAUUUAAUAACGAUUUUAAUAGAAUUGACGACUCUAAACUUCCAAAUGCAGUGAAUUUCAACUAUCCGCCUUUUGAAGAAACUAUGCCUGACAUUGGAAUUGGAUUUGGAGACGCGUCACUCUCUCUUCUCUCUUCUUCUUUAAAACAAAAAUUGACGGAAUUGGAUGAAAUUACCAAACGACUUCAAUCACGUUUACAUGAUGUGACAGAAAAUGCUUUUGAAGAUGAUUUCGAAAACGAUUUCGAAAUGAAUGAUCAAAUCGACGAACCAGAGUCUAAUGGAGCAUUAGUGGAGAACUUUCGUUCUCCUUCCAAAUCUGUCAACCCAAAAGAAAUAUCCACUUCUGUUCUUCCUCCAACUUCAAAUACAAUUCUCUCCAUGGGCGUAACUACAAAUCUUUCCAUGGACGUAAAUACAACAUCUUAUCAAGACAAAAAUCCGUCUUCUUCCAGUGAAUCUCGAAAUCUCUGUUCGUCAAGUGCAACAAAUACAAUGGCAGUGGAUUCAAAUUUCUCCGAUACUGGAUAUUCGACUUGCUACAAUAAUCAAUCGACAAAUUAUUUUUUAGAUUGCUCGAAUCCGUACAGCGCAAAUUCCUCUGAUCGCGAGGAGGAACAUCCUAUAAAAGGCACUAAAAUGCACGUGAAUCAUCUUCUUGAUAAACUUGCCUCACAACUCAAUGUUCCACCACCGAUUCCAAUGGAUACGCUUCCAAUGAAAAUUAACAUUAUGGACCUAUUAAGCAAUUUACAGUGCAAUAACAAUAAUUAUUUUCAAAACGGCAGGAGCAAUCACUUCAAUAGAAGUCAAGAAGCAAGAAGAAUUCAAGAUAACGGAGUGGGACAUUCUCAAGAACCACACUUUUUGAGUGAUGAGCAAAUACCUAAUAAAACAACCGAAGAAAGUUCCGAUGAAAAAACAGAAUCAGUGACAAAUUGUACUAAACAAACAACAACAAACUCAGAGAACAAAAAUAAAGUGUCAAACGUAAUCAGACAGGAAUUAUCCCAAGAGGAAGAGGAAGGAAACGAUUCUGUUGAAUUUGACGAACUCUCUGCUCAUUUAAUGGCGACAAACGUACGCCACAAGGAUACGGAAAACGUUUUUAAUCCUCUUUUAUAUCAGCAUUUACUCCCAGACGUUCAACUGAGUCCCAAUUCGUUUAGUUGUUCCGUCACUCAAGACGUUCAGAACAGAAAUACAACUCCCGAUGGCGAGGCAGUUCAACAGCUGGACAAUAGAUACACCGAGACUUUUAAUGCGGCAAUCAAUAGUGGAUUAAGUAGAUUAAGAAAAAUGAUGGAGAAGAACGCCUUCAGUGACAAUAAUAGUCAAAAGCAAAAGUGUUUAUUCGAGAGUGAAAAUUCGGAAGUAUUUCGAUCGAUACCAACAAGCGUCUCUGAGGAUGUGGAUGGAAAUAUUGAUAUUACUGUGAUUCAUAGACCCUGCAUUGACGACCUCAUGGCGAGUAAUAGUUCAGAAUCUGUCAUCAGUUCUGUGUCCAUGGAAAAAUUCACUGAGAAACAAUCGGAAACAGACGAUGAAGAAAAUACAUUGACCAGUUCAGAAACAUCAACAUCGACUAUUUCACGACAAGCACCCGAUGGCGGGAAUCCUAUCGAAGAGUCUGACAAAAGAGAAAAGUGUCAAAUGGUGAAAUUUUAUCCGUGAAAAUAUUAAAUUUCACAACCACAAAAAAAUGUAUACGAAAACAUUAAUAAAAAUAUUUAGGGAAAAGUUUCAGAAAUAAGCAUUUUGAUGGUAAAAAUAUUAGACUUUACAAUUUUUCACGCCGCAAAUCAAAUGCAAAAGAGAAAAUUGACAUUAUGGCCUUUAUUGUAAAGUUUAAUUUCUUUACUAUAUAACUAUAAAAAUGCUUUUUCAAUUGUAUAUCCUAUUUUAAAAGUGAAUUUCUCAAAUUGCGUGCGAGUUUUGUAGAAAAACUUGCAAAUUUUUACAAAAUUCUAUCUCUAAAAAAGUGUUCUUUCUUAAUAACGACUGAUAUACCAUGUAUACGUAAAAAAUAUCAGAUGAGUAAUCUAUUUGUCGUUUUCAAAUUACGUUAUAAAAUAUAAUUAAUAAUUAUGUAUACACUUCUACGUGUAACAUGUCGAUAUUUUUAUACAAUAUAUGUAUUUAAAUAUACGCUCAAAAUAUAACGAAUAAAGGUAUCUAUAAAGUGG